GCCAACGCUGGAAGCCUCUCGCUCUUAUUUCACGUAUUGUCGAUCCGUUCAUCGUAAAUUAAUUCGAAUGUAAUUUCGAUAAUUUUUGCGAAAAUCAAGCUGAGGUAGAAACGAGCUUUCAAUUCCUCGAAUAAUUGCCAAGUGUAUAUCCAAAUGUACUUAUACUUUAUUCGCGCAUACCUAUUGUAUUUAUCCCUUUUGUCGCACAAUCGACUCUUCCUAUUCAAUUCGCGAGGAAAUUAGUGACGUCUACAUUUCUCAUUUUGACAACUCAUGGCUAACGUUGUUUGUCGUCAGUGUCGUUACUCAAUUUUCAGCUGUAUGUAUCUACACUUCUCUCAUUUCAUUGUCAAAUAAGAUACCUACAUAUAUCUUGGCUUUAAGGAGAGAACAGAAUGUAGAAUCUAUAAAAAAAUGCUGAAUAAACAAAAUAAAGGAACACUGUUGUUUAUUAGACUUCGAGCUCCGCAAAUGAAAUUACUUAACACAAUGACGGCAAUGACAGGCACGAGAUGAGACAAAUAUAGGUUAGAAUAUAGGUUAGAAAGAGAAAGAGAGAAGGUGAAAAAAGUGUAGAGAGUGUAAUUGAAACGUAAAUCCGAUUCCGAUGUUUUCGCGUCGUGAGGUUUAGGUUGUGCGUGUUGCGUGAUCGAUCGCGCACGUUGCAUUUCGCGUUCGCGAUCGUGGAGGCUCGACGAGGAAUCAGCGGAGGAGAUCGGCGACAAAGCGAACGGGAAAAGGGAGCCGUACUGGCGGAGAGACUGCGAGGAACGAGCGUUGGAUGUGACAGCGACAGCACACACGACAACCGUCACGAGCAUCAUGUCGGCUGCUAAAUACAUCUUGACAGUCGACGUGCAGAUCGGUUAGGCGGUGACAGGAGGAUCUCGGCCACCGAUUCCGAGACCGCGCCUCGCCGUCACGCCUCGUCGCCCCGGAGGAUGUCAUGCAUAAAACAUGAGCUGGUUUGACGCCGCAGGAUUUGCCAAUUUGGCAAAGUCCGCUCUGAAGGGAGCUCAGAAGACCAUAGACAAGGCCCUGGAUAUCAAGGAGGAAGAACCGAAGGUGAUUCAGUCGCGUCCAGACGAAUCUUCAGAUUUUUUCGCGAGUUGGGGAUUGCAGAAUGAAGAGGGGGCCAACAAACGAGAAGGCGAUCCACAGAAGCAACAAAAUUCGAGCAGUAUUUGGGGUAGCUUCACAGGCUCGUUUUUUGAGCCUCCAAAGAUUAUAGAUGGGAAUGGAUGGAAGGCUGUCAAGCAUUCCAAAUCCUUGCAAAGCACUACUGAUCAAGAUGAACACCAACAUGGCAUAGUGUCUUCUACUUCCGCCCCUGAAAAAUUGGCAACAAAAGACUUAAAGUCCACGAUAGCAAAGAGCGAAUCUGUACAUAAGGAGGAUAAAGGAGAGUCUAGUGCUGUCAGUGAGUCUGUAAAUAUUAAUCGUAGCAUGUCUAAAGAAUCUAACGAUAAAACUGCGUCGGAAUCUUGUAUAUUAUCAGAACAGUCAUCUUUGGACAAUGUCGUUUCUAUUAGUACCGAUACGAUUAAAAGUGCCAGUUUGGACUUGGAACAAUUGUACUGUGCGCCAACGGUGGACGAUACCGAUAGUGAUUCCACUAACGGGGAAGAAGCUGAACAGUCUGACAAUGAAGUGGCAUCAGAAAGCAACGAUAUCAAUACGUCGAGUCCCACUAAUGUGUUCCACAAAGUACCUAACGUUUCCUCCGAGAGCGACAAGAAGAGCAUGGAGAGCGUGGAGAUACUUGGUUCGCAAUCCAACACCGAUUGCACCACCACACCAGAGUCGGAUCUCAAUUCCGUUACUAAUUCGUUAAGUCCCUCCAUCGUCGAUAUCAAGGUGAAUUCCGAAUCGGUCGAGAUACUGCCGGACAGUCUGGUAACGUCACCGAGUUCCGUGGAGAUCCUGGGAGAUUGGAAAAGCGACAGCAGCCCCUAUCUAUCGCCGAUAGAUCCAAAGAAUUUGGAGUCCUCUCCUAUCCUGAGUGGAGACGAAUGUGCCACUCCGUGCAUAGACUGUACCAACAUGUUGCAUCCGCCGAGUAGAGAUCCAGCGGAAGCUUCAUCAUCCGACAUCUCUCCGUACGAAUCUCCGAUGGAGGAGGUGAAAACAUUGAAUGUCAGUCCAUAUCCUCACAGCAUUGACAGCACACCGUCACCCAAUGCGUUUUCUAGCUCGGACACGAAUAAAAGUUUAUUGCACGCAACGGACAGCUCAAAAACUUCCCCUGAAAGCGUCGAGGUGAUACCGGACGUAGACGAGACGGACGAGAUGAGCCUGGCCGAAGAUUCUUACACCUCGGCUUCCGAGGGUACAGUCAUGACGGUACUUGAGCCGUUACAACAAUUGGACAAAAAUAAGAUGGAAUUGGCCGAUAUGAAUGUGAAGAUAAAGAUGCACGAUUCGUGUCCGGAUGACAGGCAAACGUCGGCAAAGGUUUGCAUGGAGAGCAAGUUAAAUUUGAGCCUUGAUUCGCUCAAGGAGAAACAUAAUUUACAUCUGACACUCGAGCCGAUUACUACACAGCCAAUUCGCAAGUUGGAUCAUUUGGAAGGAGUAAAUGAGAAAUCGGACGUUUCCACCUUUUCCCAAUUAAUGAGUACCACUAUAGAACCACCGGAUCCAGAUAGCCAAGUCGAAAGCAUGGAAGAAACAAAAAUGGUCGAGAGCACUGAUCAAUAUUUAAUAUCAACCGAUUCAAGCAGGGAAGGUACCUUGAUAGAGAGCAGUUCGGAGGAUAACGCAACAUUACUUUGUACGAGCGAUUCCAAAGUCCUGGAGACGCCUUUGACUACUAGUUCUUAUGUGAAGACUAUGCUAGCUGACGCUAUGGUCGAAAAGGGUGAAAUAAUCGAUAUGGAGACUCAUUGCACGGAAGUACCUCGAGAAAAUUCGCCUAUAUCGUCAGAAAGCCGUUCCGAUCUUGUAAAAAUUGGAUCUGAUCAAGCCAGUGGACAUACAAGUGGAGACGAAUUAGAAACUACAACAUCAAGCGACAUUGAAAUAAUAUCUAGUCCUAAUGGAGAUUCAAGUUCGACCCAAUCGCGACAGAGCCCGGCGAAAUUGCAGUUAAGUAAAAGCGGUGAUUUGCUAACGAAAACUUUAAAGACCCGGGGUCAUUCUCGAGAAUUGAGCGAAAUCAGCAUAGGGUCGGAUGAAGCGAAUAUGGAAAUUGAAAAACUGUUGAAACGUGUGCAGGAGAUGACCGAGAUUUUAGAAGCGAGAGAAUCGAAGUUAAUCGACAUAAGCAGGAUAAAUAUGGAAUUACAUGAACAAAACACAAAUUUAAUAAAACAGCUUGAGAAUUUUGAAAAACAUGCGGAGCAAAAUCAAAAUAUAAAUCAAAUCACGGAUGAAUAUACGCAGCGUCUGUCGGCACUGGAGAGGAAAUUUCAGCAGGCGAUAAGGGAACGCGAUCAGUUGAGGAAAAAUUUAGAUCAGUUGAAGUUAGAGGCGGCUUCGCGUUUAUCGUCGCAGGAGAUGUCUAACAUAAACGCCGAGAAGGAUGAAAUCAUAAAGGAGCUUCGUGAAGAGGGCGAAAAACUCAGUAAACAACAACUUCAACAUAGCAACAUUAUAAAAAAGCUGCGCGUAAAGGAGAAAGAGACUGAUGCAACGAUAAAGAGUCAAAAAGAGCAAGUAGAGGAACAGAAUACAGAAUUGGAGAGAUUGAAACGAUCGCUGCAUGCGAAAGAGGAGGUAGAGCGGAGUCAAAUAGAAGCCGUUCACACGUUGACGGCGAAAACUAAAAAGCAAGAAAAGGAGAUAUUAACGUUACAAGAAAAGUUGGACAAUGCGGUACAUAAGAUGGAGGCCUAUAAAAAGAGCUUGGAUGCUGCAAAAGUGGACUUAACAGAAACGAAGAAAAAGUUGCUAGCCACUGAAGAGGAAUUAAAAGAAGCUGUGGAUAACGCAGGCGAAUCGUGCCAACUGUUUGCACAAGUGGAGGAUUUAAAAUUGAAAUACCGUCAAGCUGAAGAAGCUCACGUCAAAAGGGAAGAGUUUUUCAAACACGAAAACAACGAAUUACUUAAACGAUUAGAAGCCGCAGAAGCCAGAAGUGAAGAGUUAUCCGAAUCCGUCUCGGUAGCAACAAAACCUUUACUAAGGCAGAUAGAACAGCUUCAAGCGAACUUACUGCAUAAAUCCAACAGCUUCAUGAAGCAGGAGAAGAUUUUAUCGGAGAAAAAUAUCGAAUUGCAGUCAAAAAUCGAGAAUUUAAUCGAGAUGGAUCGCCUUUUGAGAGAAGAGAAUAUUAAUCUGAAAUCCAAAGAGUCGCAUUUGGAAUCGAAACUCAAUGUAAAAGAGAAAGAAAGGUCGCAAUUGCAGGAAUUUCAUGAUAUAUUAAAAGAGGAGAACAAGAGAUUAUUAGAGCAAAAUAAAGAACAGCAAGAUGCGAUAAACACCCUCGAGCAGACACAUUCCAGUCAUAUACAGGAAUUGAAGAGAGAAAUAAACGCACUUGAGAAUACAUUAGCUAUCGAGAAGGCAGCGACUGACGCAGAACGGAGAAGAAAUAACGCAAUAUUGGAACAGCAGCAAAAUACCGACGAGGAAUCACGAUUUAGUCCUACUCUCAGUAUUGGACAAGAAUCCGUCAGCAGUGCAAAUAGUGCCUGGCCGGGUUUUAGCGAUUCAGUAUUUGAUAAUAACUCCGGCAGAUUUCCUCCAAUACCUUACGAAAGCAUCAUAACGGGUUCGAAUAGUACAUCGAUUUUCGAGAACUUGCAAGCGCAAUUGAAACAGAGAGAUGGUGAAAUACAGCAACUUCAGUGGGAAUUGUCUCGACGAAACGCAGAGAGGGACGCACUGAAUUCGGAAUUGGCAACGUUAACUUUGAAGGUCGAGGACUUGAGUGCCAGCGUCGCGGAAGCGCGGGCGCUCAACGAGAGUCUUAACGAGACGCAAACCAGAUACGACGCGUUGUUGCAGAUGUACGGCGAAAAGGUCGAGGAGAAUCAGGAGUUGCGGCUGGACCUCGAGGACGUUAAGGAGAUGUACAAAAUGCAAAUUGAUCAACUUCUGAAACGGCAGAAUUAACUUGGUUGGAAAUGCAAAAUUGAUCAGAAACGAAGACUUAUUGCGCGCAGCCUACAAUUCUCUCUAGGAAACUUCAAUUACACAUACACACGCACGUUCGGCACGUUCUAUCACAUAAUCAUUUCGUCUGUUUCUAGCGAGAUCCGGCAUACAGUGAAGUUUUAUAGCGGAUAACUUUAAUACACAUAGUCCGGCGUAGGAGAUGUAUAUUUAUAUUAUCUAACGCAAACAUAUGCGGAAAUUUGUGAUAAAGGAUUUAGAUGCCCGAUAAGAUUUCAAAUGAAAUUAUUUCUGUGAAGUUAUAUAUAAAUAUAUUUAUUUUAUUGAGGAUCAGAGGUGAGAGAGAUCUAAAAAAAAAAAUGAAUCGGAAGUAUCCAAAUUUGACAAGUCUUUUUCUUCCGCAGUUGUUACAGUUAUUAGUAUUCCUUGUAUAGUUAUUGUUUCAUGUGUUUCAAUUUUAAUUUAAUAUCAGGGAGGAUCAUGUGAUAUUGGAUUGUAUUAUAUAAUGUUUAAAUAUGAUAUUAAUAUGUAUAUAAUAUAAUGAAAAAAUGUACUUUAUCAUUUAAAUAUAGUGAUAUAUAAACCAUUAAUGACUUCUCUAUUGUGUGCAGCAGAUCACACAUAAAUUAGGAAUAUCGGGUCCAUAUUUUUGAUAUUUAUGUAAGCAUAAAUGAAAAUGCAUUGCGUCGAACAUGUAAUUUCUCUAUAAAUAAUAUCUCUGUAAUACGCUUCAAUAUUACGUGGUUGGGAUUUACGAUGCA